AUGAAUGAGGUUGUAAGAACAAAAUUAAUGAAGAGGAUACAUAAGAACAAGGAUGCUAUGAAAAGAGUGGCAUCUGCUUACUGCCCUAAGAUAUUGAAAAAACUAGAAAAAAGCAAAGAAUUUUGUUGUAUGUUUACAACAGAGUGGUCUGGAGGUGAGAGAUUUCAAGUGGUUGGCCUAGGGGGACGGUUUGUAGUUGACAAACAAGAAAUGACAUGCACAUGUAGGAGGUGGGAUCUAACUGGAAUACCUUGUUGUCAUACUGUAUGUGCAAUUUGGUAUAACAAUGAGAACCCUGAAUUUUAUAUACAUGACUUCUACAAGGUCGAAACAUACCUAAAAUACUAUAGCCAUUUGAUUAACCCAACCACCAAUAAAGAAUUUUGGCUCAAGGCAACUGCCCCACUAGUCUUACCCCCCAAACCAAUAAAACCUAGAAAAGGCAGACCUGCUAGAAAGAGAAGGUUAGAGGAAGAAGAGAUGGAGGUCUGA